CCUCGUUUACAGGAGGACCAACAGAAGUGUGCUUAUGAAACCAAAGCAAAGCGGUAGCUCCGUUAACCAAAAUUAUCAGAGGAGAACUUGAACAACCUCGAAUGGGUUUGGACAAGUUCUGCAGUGCGGACGGUUCCGACCCGUUUUGGGUAAGUUUCACUGUAGCGACCGAGUAGCCAACUCGCUGUCUUUAGCUGCUUACAAUGUUGACGCCGACAGUUGUUUUCCAGCUUGCUAUUAGCGGCUUUGCUUGUAAUGACGGUGUCUGCCUGAACUAAGCAUGGUAAUAUCACAUACUGUACUGUCUUUGGUAACACUAGCGUUAGCUAACAGUAGCUAGCUAGGUUACAAGGCCGUCGUUAUGCCGGUUGAUAGCAGGUUGGAAUGUGUUGACUUUAGCUAACUAGCUAAGCUUAAUUUGAUUAGUAAUGUGUGAAAGAGGUUGAAAUAACGUGGUAGUAAUAUACCUUUUGAAAUGCACUAUCAAUAAAAGCCGACAAUCGUUUUAUUGUGAAGUUGUGGCUAGCUAGUUUAACAGCUUUCAGUGAUAAACACCAUUUAUUCCUAUUAUGCUAGCUAACCUGCUAGCUUGCUGGCUCAAACUCACUCUAGUCUAACAGCUUCAUUCGAGUCUCACACUACCUCUGCUUUGUUGAUGAUAGAGCAAAGUGUUUCGAUUAAAUGUAGCUAGGUAACUUUCAAGCUAUAACACCCAGGUAUGAUGGCAAGCCUCUCUUACUAGCAAGGUCCACAACACAAGAAGGCUUGUGAAAGCUACAGCAAGUCUAUCAGCUGUUCCAAUAUUACUUUGUUUGUUUUAACAUGUACACACAUCCACUGCGAGUAGCAGCAACAUAGAGGACAUUAUUAUUACAUUAGCUAGCUAGAAACCUACAAAAAAAACUACAAACCUAUUGUCAAAUCAUGUAGUAUGUGUAAUACAACCAAACAAGUUAUGACACUAGACUAGAAGAGUUACAUAUGUUUAAAGUGACACAUAAUGUAAUGUCAUGCAGAUAGAUUGUAUCUAUGUGCGGUCAUAACAUGCUAAAUUGCCUAAUAAGUAAACUGUCAGCUGGCCUUGCCAGACAGGGCUUUGCUCAUCAUAGCCCAAGGAAUUUAGCUAGAAGUGUUAGAGGUCCAUUUGCCCAAAUGUUAAUAACAGGGUGUAUGUCUAAUUAGUGUUAGGCCUAGUCUCACUAGGCAGACCGGUUGUCUUGCCUUCCACAAUGUAACAAUGUUCCAGCAGUUGCCCUGGGUAUGGAAUUCCCAGAGACUAUGUUAGGCCUAAUAACAUGCAUUCUGUCAAUAAGGUCUAUGGCUUCCUUAGUUAUGAUAACAUGCGAUAUCAUCACCCAGUCCCACAACCCUUUGAAACCUGUUAUGACAGACUUGGUAGUGUGAUUGUACACUUCUAUAUUCUACAGGGCUUUGUUGUCUGCUCACUGGCUCAGUUAUUGAACCAAACAAAUUCCAAAGGGGUAAGAGGGCUUGCCUUGAAGCCAAGGGGUAUUGAGACAAGUGCUUUCCAAAAUCACUGAACUGGUCAUGGAGUUGCUUGUCCUUUAGCAACCAUGGUCAGACUGAUUAAGCAGUAGAGUUAUUGAACACAUACACAGUAUGACUCAGGAUUCAGGUAAAAACAGCUGCCAUAACAUGUUACGUCAGUGUUGUGUUAUGUCAGUGUUGUGUCAGUGUUGUGUCAUGUCAGUGUUGUGUCAGUGUGUGUCAGUGUUGUGUCAGUGUUAUGUCAGUGUUGUGCCAGUGUUGUGUCAGUGUCAUGUCAGUGUUGUGUCAGUGUUGUGUCAGUGUUACAUCAGUGUUACGUCAGUGUUACGUCAGUGUUAUGUCAGUGUUGUGUCAGUGUUACAUCAGUGUUAUGUCAGUGUUGUGUCAGUGUUGUGUCAUGUCAGUGUUACGUCAGUGUUGUGUCAGUGUCAUGUCAGUGUUACGUCAGUGUUGUGUCAGUGUUGUGUCAUGUCAGUGUUGUGUCAGUGUCGUGUCAGUGUUGUGUCAGUGUUAUGUCAGUGUUGUGUCAGUGUUGUGUCAGUGUUACGUCAGUGUUGUGUCAGUGUCAUGUCAGUGUUGUGUCAGUGUUGUGUCAGUGUUACAUCAGUGUUAUGUCAGUGUUAGUCAGUGUUAUGUCAGUGUUGUGUCAGUGUUACAUCAGUGUUGUGUCAGUGUUGUGUCAGUGUUACAUCAGUGUUACGUCAGUGUUACGUCAGUGUUAUGUCAGUGUUGUGUCAGUGUUACAUCAGUGUUAUGUCAGUGUUGUGUCAGUGUUACAUCAGUGUUACGUCAGUGUUACGUCAGUGUUAUGUCAGUGUUGUGUCAGUGUUACAUCAGUGUUAUGUCAGUGUUGUGUCAGUGUUACAUCAGUGUUAUGUCAGUGUUGUGUCAGUGUUGUGUCAUGUCAGUGUUGUGUUGUGUCAUGUCAGUGUUGUGUCAGUGUUACGUCAGUGACAGUGUUGUCGUGUCAUUAUGUUGUGUCAUUUCAGUGUCAGUGUUGUGAACGCCUUAUCAACUCAGGAUUUGGGUAAAGUGUUAUCGAACAAUACAGCAGAAAGCGAUAACGCUAAGUAGACAGAAUGAGGAAAGCUUAGGAAAGGAAGGAGAGAGGAAGGUGUGUGUGUGGCAGACCUGGCACCCUGCCUCCACUUCCUCCUUUCUGCCAAGGCAGGAAUGUUUAUGUGGGCUUUGUUAGAAACACCUCAUUCACACACACACACACUAGGUGAAUAAAAGUGUCUGUUUACACACAAGGUGUAGGCCAGUGAUGCACUUCACUCUAGCCUGUUUUAUGAAUGUAUUAGGCUCUAUAUCCCUAGUAACAACAGGCCUGUCGUAAUUCACUGUGUGAACACAGCAGUAUGAGGCUGCGUCCCAAAUGGCACCCUGUUCCCUGUAUAGUCAACUACUUUUGCCCAGGGCCCAUAGGGUGUCAUUUGUUACCCUGCCCUGUCUGGUUGCCAGUCUCUUUCUGCUUUGGUCACCAUGUCCUUAUCAACGCUAUUUUGAAUUAGCUGUAGUGUCUCUCAGUCAUCUGUCAUUUAACCCCCCCCCCCCCCCCAGGAUUGGAACCGUACGUGGCACGCGGGGAACCCAGACCUGACCCACUGCUUUCAGAACACAGUGCUGGUAUGGGUCCCCUGUCUCUACCUCUGGCUCUGUGCCCCAAUCUAUUUCCUGUACCUCAAAAGCCAUGACCGGGGGUACAUAUGCAUGACCCACCUCAACAGAGCCAAAACCGUGAGUCCAGAUGGGGGGGAGGGGUAUGGGGGUGGGGGGGAUGGAGGUAGGUGGUUGAUAUGUGUGUUUAUGGGGAGUAGGGGUGGGGUUAUGGGGGAUUAGGGGUGGGGUUAUGGGGAUUAGGGGUGGGGUUAUGGGGAGUAGGGGUGGGGUUGUGGGCAUUAGGGGUGGUGUGUGUGUGUUUACAGGGAGAGACUGGGGGGGUGGGGUGUGUGUGUUUACAGGGAGAGUCUGGGGGCGUGGUGUGUGUACGUGUCCAUAUGCUUAUGUAUGUGUAAGCGUAUGUGUUAUCUGUCUCUGCCUGUCUCAGCGGUUCUUACAAUGAGAUAAGACCAAUACGGUUUGUUUUAACCCAAAGAAACAUAUAUAGCAAGCUAACACACACACACACACACACACACUCUCUCUCGCUUAACAACCAGGGGUUUUCUUUUCAGAACACAGGCUUCUCUGUGUGGGAGAAUGUCAGACGUGACAACAUCCUCACACAAAUGACCUAAAGAUCCCAAUUCCCCUUCCUCUUUCUUCAGCUGCAUCCCAAAUGGCACACUAUUCCCUAUUUCAUGCACCCAUAGGGCUCUGGUCAGAAAGGCUCUGGGCAAAAGUAGAUGCCUCCUGCCGUUGUGGCACUUCAACUUGACCCCUAAGCUGCUCCAGGGUCACUGACCUGCGGCCGGCCGGUGAUGUUUUGUGUGUGUGUGUGUGUGUGUGUAGGUGCAUGUGUUUCUCCGGGAGUUGGGUUUAAAGCAAAAUAUGAAUUUCCAUGAUCUGAAAAAAAUAAAAUGCACAAUAAAGUAUUCUUCUCCACCUCCCCCACCUCCCCCUCUCCUCUCCUCCAGGCAGUAGGUUUUCUCCUGUGGGUCGUCUGCUGGGCAGAUGUGUUCUACUCUUUCUGGGAAAGAAGCCAACAUGACAGCAGUGCCUCCUCCUCCACCCAGGCACCUGUUUAUCUGGUCAGCCCCACCAUGCUCGGCAUCACUAUGGUAAAAACCAACACUGUGGGCUUUUCUGGAUCAAAAGUGCCUUAGCUGGGGGGAGUGGUCGGCCUGUAAGGGUCUUAGCUGGGGGGAGCGGUCGACCUGUAAGGGUCUUAGCUGGGGGGAGCGGUCGACCUGUAAGGGUCUUAGCUGGGGGGAGCGGUCGACCUGUAAGGGUAUUAGCUGGGGGGAGCGGUCGACCUGUAAGGGUCUUAUCUGGGGGGGAGCUGUUGGCCUGUAAGGGCCUUAGCUGGGGGGAGCAGUCGACCUGUAAGGGUCUUAUCUGGGGGGAGCAGUCGACCUGUAAGGGUCUUAUCUGGGGGGAGUGGUCGACCUGUAAGGGUCUUAUCUGGGGGGAGCGGUUGACCUGUAAGGGUCUUAGCUGGGGGGGAUUGGUCGACCUGUAAGGGUGUUAUCUGGGGGGAGCGGUCGACCUGUAAGGGUCUUAGCUGGGAGGAGCGGUCGCCUAUAAUGUAAUCAGUAGGAUGAGUGGUUUUUAUAGUGGGAUUUAAACCUGGGCGUGAUUAAUACGUGUUGGUAAGAGUUGGGCGCUAGCAACGGCAAGGUCGCGGGUUCAAUUCCGGCGAGGAUGAAAUGCGUAAUAUUAAACGUGUGUGUGCGCUCACAAGUGGUCUCCGAUCUGAAGGGGAUGUACGUGAUCUAUGUGUAUGUGUCUGUCCUAGUGUGUAUGUUGUUCUAAUGUGUGUGUGUGUGUUCUCUCCCCAGCUUUUGGCCACCCUCCUGACCCAGUAUGAGAGGUUAAAAGGAGUCCAGUCUUCAGGGGUGAUGCUCAACUUCUGGCUGGUGGCCGUCCUCUGUGCUACCAUCACAUUCAGAUCCAAGAUCAUACAAGCCAUCAACGAGGUGAGAGAGAGAGAGAGCGAGAGAGACCCAGAAUUACCGACAUAUGUUGGUUGAAAUAGCAUUAUACUUUUUAAAUCGUAGGCUACCAUCUGUUGUCUUACUUGGCACUGGAAACAAAUGUCUAGAGCCUUGCUGUUGAUGUAAAGUAACUGUCCAUAAAAAAAAAAGUAUUUCUUGUUAUUGAGGAAAAAUAGUUACAUUUUUCGUAAUAUGACUUUAUGUCCACAUCGCCCAGCUUUAGCACCUCCCUCAAAAAAUGAUUUAGUGUAAAUGAUCACUGAUUUAUAGUUAUUGCAAAAAAAAUUGUGAAUUUAACGCGAUAUGGAUUUUUGUCCACAUCAGUCCAGUCUUUUUUUAUUGCCAGAAAAACUGUCAUCAGACUUGAUGGAACAAAGAUAUGGAAGAAAUAAGGUUUAUUUAAUGGAGUGUUUUCACGUGUUUCCCCCCAGCCAUGGACGGUGUGUGUGUUCAGAUACACAACUUUCUACAGCUACUACACUCUACUGCUAAUCUCUCUGUUCCUGUCAGCCCUCUCAGACCAGCCUCCUCUCUUCUCAGAGGCGUCCAGAGACACCGUGAGCACACAGUCUGUCUCUCCGGGUGUUUUUGUUAUGUCUCUGUGUGUCCACACACUGUGUUUGUGUAAAUCACUGCAUGCUGUGUGUGUGUUUAGCCGGGUGUGUGUUUAGCUGUGUGUGGGCUUGUGUGAGUACUUGCUGUGUCAAACAGUAAAUGUUGUGUGACUGUGAGAAAUGUGUGGGUCUUGAUGUGUGUGUCAAGUGAAUGCCAGCUGUGUGUGUUAUUGUGCAAGCCGCAGGUUUUCCAGUUCCCAGGAUUGGUUCUCUUGUGUUAUUGUUCCACUCCCACAAUGGAACUAACAGUCAGACAGUCCAGAGAUCAAUAACAACAUGGAUACAGGUUUCCCUGUUAACAGUCCCACAAUGGAACUAACAGUCAGACAGUCCAGAGAUCAAUAACAACAUAGAUACAGUGUGUGUUCUGUCUGUGUGUGUGUAUAAGACACAGUGUUGGGGGUAACGUCUUUCACUGUUAUAUUACUUUUAUGAGUAAUUAAAUAAUAUUACGAGUUACUGUGUUCAAAUAUUGGAAUAUUAUUCCAGUAACUUUUUCUAGUAACACGCGUGGUAUUUCUACGAUCCGAUCUCAACUUGUUUCCUCAAUAAUUCUUGAGCGAGUGGAGAAAGGCUGUUUGGAGAAAUGUCAUGACAGCGGUCCAUAAAAAUGGAUAGAGUGCGCACCUCUGAUCUUUGCUAUUGAUCUCUCCUGUGAUAGAACAGCCCAUAGAGGGCUUCACCGUCUAGCUGACCGUCUCUAUGCUGUGGUCGCACUGGCGGCUGGAGAGAAAGAUUUAGAAUGAAAAUAAAUCUGUACAGAAAUUUAGUUUAUAUUAGACUGUGUAACAUAACAUCCAUUUCAUAGGAUGACACAUCAGUGUAGGAUGACACAUCAGUAUAGGAUGACACAUCAGUAUAGGAUGACACAUCAGUAUAGGAUGACACAUCUGUAUAGGAUGACACAUCAGUGUAGGAUGACACAUCAGUGUAGGAUGACACAUCAGUGUAGGAUGACACAUCAGUGUAGGCUAAAGGGAUUUUUCUAUUAGAAAACAAUCUAUUCCUACCUUUACUUUUCAUUAGUGUCACUUUCUCACCUCGAGGGAACUUCUGACAGCAGACCCUCUGAAAUGAAUUUCCACAAACGAUCCAUGAUCAAGAAACGAUUAAUCAAAUAGCCUUGUCUUCUACUCCUAAUGUUGUAUGCCUCUUCAUUUAGAUGAUACAGUAUCAUAAGGCCUCUUCAUAUAGAUGAUACAGUAUCAUAAGGCCUCUUCAUAUAGAUGAUACAGUAUCAUAAGGCCUCUUCAUAUAGAUGAUACAGUAUCAUAAGGCCUCUUCAUAUAGAUGAUACAGUAGCCAGUCUCCAGACCUUAAUCCCAUAGAAAAUCUGUGGAAGGAGCUGAAGGUUCGAGUUGCCAAACGUCAGCCUCGAAACCUUAUUGACUUGGAGAAGAUCUGCAAAGAGGAGUGGGACAAAAUCCCUCCUGAGAUGUGUGCAAACCUGGCGGCCAACUACAAGAAACAAGGUUUUUUUGGUGGCAACAAGGGUUUUGCCACCAAGUACUAAGUCAUGUUUUGCAGAGGGGUCAAAUACUUAUUUCCCUCAUUAAAAUGCAAAUCAAUUUAUAACAUUUUUGACAUGCGUUUUUCAGGAUUUUUUUGUUGUUAUUCUGUCUCUCACUGUUCAAAUAAACCUACCAUUAAAAUUAUAAACGGAUCAUUUCUUUGUCAGUGGGCAAACGUACAAAAUCAGCAGGGGAUCAAAUACUUUUUUCCCUCACUGUAGAUGAUACAGUAUCAUAAGGCAUUAUGCCUCUUCAUUUAUAUGAUACAGUAUCAUAAGGCCUCUUCAUAUAGAUGAUACAGUUCCUAAGGCCUCUUCAUAUAGAUUACACAGUAUCAUAAGGCAUCUUCAUAUAGAUGAUACAGUAUCAUAAGGCCUCUUCAUAUAGAUGAUACAGUAUCAUGAGGCCUCUUCAUUUAGAUGAUACAGUAUCAUAAGGCCUCUUCAUAUAGAUGAAACAGUAUCAUAAGGCCUCUUCAUAUAGAUGAUACAGUAUCAUAAGGCAUUAUGCCUCUUCAUAUAGAUGAUACAGUAUCAUAAGGCAUUGUAUAGAGACAGGCUUUCACUUUCAUGAUCAAUGCACUGGCAAAUGGCUGCGGUGUUGUUGAUGAUCAAUUGCGACAACUUAUGUGCUAUCAAGCCAAAGGAGGAGACAUGGAAUUAUUGAUUUCGAUGGUUGCCGUUAGGCUUGGGAGGGAACUAGAUUUUCCUUCACACCGACUUUGUGCCAUCCUGGGAUAUUCGGUAAUACCGGCACUGAACACAAGAGGCGCUAUUUCCAAACCCCGCUGAGCCUCUGUAAUCCGAAGGUUAGCAAGUACAUGUAAAAUCCCACAGUGAAUGCUAGCUAAAUGCUAUCGAACACAUUGCAAAAAUUGUAUACAGUCUCUGACAUAAACUAUUUUCAGGACAGACAUUCCAGCUCAUAAAGUUAUACAAGUAACAAAAAAAUGCUACCCACAGUUUCCUGCACGCACAAAACAAUAUGUAAUGUAUUACUUUACAAGUAACUAAUCGAGUCAGACAUAGUACAGUACUGAUCCAACCACUGGUCAGACAUAGUCCACUACUAAUCCCACCACUGGUCAGACAUAAUCCAGAAAUCAAUAACAACAUAUACUGUGUCUGUGUAAACAGUCACCUAACAGAUCAAUCAAACAUCAUCUAGUAAUCAAUAUGAUGUCAGUAUAACUGGUUGGACAUGGUUUAGUAAUCAAUAUGACAUCAGUAUAGCUGGUUGGACAUGGUCUAGUAAUCAAUAUGACAUCAGUAUAACUGGUUGGACAUGGUCUAGUAAUCAAUAUGACUUCAGUAUCACUGGUUGGACAUGGUCUAGUAAUCAAUAUGACUUCAGUAUCACUGGUUGGACAUGGUUUAGUAAUCAAUAUGACAUCAGUAUAACUGGUUGGACAUGGUCUAGUAAUCAAUAUGACGUCAGUAUAACUGGUUGGACAUGGUUUAGUAAUCAAUAUGACAUCAGUAUAACUGGUUGGACAUGGUUUAGUAAUCAAUAUGACAUCAGUAUAACUGGUUGGACAUGGUUUAGUAAUCAAUAUGACAUCAGUGUAACUGGUUGGGUGAAAACACACAGAUGUGGAUGUUACAUGUUGACUGUUUAGAGAAAGUUAGAAAGGGUGCGCGUGUGUGCCUGUAUUUGUUUGUGUGUGUCCGUCCGUCCGUCCGUGUGUGGUGUGGGUGUGUGUGUGUGUGUUUCUAACUGUGUGUUCCAUCUCCUGCCGGUGCAGAAUCCCUGUCCUGAGAUCGGAGCUUCCUUUCUGUCCAGAAUCAGCUUCUGGUGGAUCACUGGGUGAGCAGGGAACCUGUUAGACACAUUUUGGUGUAGAAAAUCAAAUACAUUAAAACUUGCCUAAGUAUUUUAAAAUAACUUUUGGCAUUGUCUAAUUGACUCAACAACCAAAAACACAUCUAAGUUUAGCUUUCUUAAUUAACUAGAAAAUCUAUAGUUAUUUCUGGUUGUUUAUCGAAGUUAGCUGGUUAAGUCAUUAACUCUGUGUUGUAGUAUCCCCCUCUGGAAACAGCGGGCAUGUGUUUCUGUUUCAACAGGAACUGUUAGUGCUGACAGUUUCCUUCCGUCAUCUCUCUUGCUCCCCUCUCUCUCUCUCUUUCUAUCUUCCUCUCCCUCUCCUCUCCCCCCUAUCCUCUCCCUCCUCUUCUCCCCCCUCUCCUCCCCCUCUCCUCUCCCCUCUCCUCUCCCCUCUCCUCCCCCCUCUCCUCUCCUCCCCCUCUCCCCUCCCCCCCUCUCCCCUCUCCCCCCUCUCCUCCCCCCUCUCCUCUCCCCACCUCUCCCCCUCUCCUCCCCUCUCCUCUCCCCCUCUCCUCUCCUCCCCUCUCCUCCCCUCUCCUCUCCCCCUCUCCUCCCCUCUCCUCUCUCCCCUCUCCUCCCCUCUCCUCUCCCCCCUCUCCUCCUCCUCCCCUCUCCUCUCCCCCCUCUCCUCCCCCCCCUCUCCUCUCCUCUCCCCCCUCUCCUCCCCCCCCCCCCCCUCUCCUCUCCUCCCCCUCUCCUCUCUCCCCUCUCCUCUCCCUCCUCUCCUCCCCCUCUCCUCCUCCUCUCCUCCGCCCCCUCCUCCCCCUCUCCUCCAGUAUGAUAGUAACAGGUUAUAAGCGUCCGUUAGAACAGAAGGAUCUGUGGUGUCUGAACUCAGAGGACCGCUCCCAGAGGGUCGUCCCUCAGCUCGUACGACGCUGGAACAACGAGUGCCUAAAGGUCAAAAGGUCAGGAGAACCCACCAGGCACAUGAGUACUUGUACAUCCUGGCACGUUUGCACUCAGCCAAGGUCAAAAGGUCAUGUUCAUUAGGCCACACCGUAGCAAAACGUUGUUCAAAGAACGAAAACGAGCUAAAUAACACCUUCUCUUCCCCCUCCCUUCCUUUCUCCCAGACCGGAGGAGAAGACUCUGUACUCCCCUAAGAAGGCUCCUCGGGGAGAGAGGAAGGAGGGUGUCCCCAUAGAGGAGUCAGAGAUCCUGAUUAUCAAGACCCACCAGAAGACUAGAGAACCCUCUCUGUUCUGGGCCCUCUGUCUCACCUUCGGACCCUACUUCCUCAUCUCUUCACUCUACAAGAUCAUCCAGGACAUUCUCAUGUUUGUGGGGCCUGAGAUACUCAGGUAGGUGAGAUGCUCUUGUCUGGUCCUCUCCUCUCCUCUCCUCUCCUCUCCUCCUCUCCUCUCCUCUCCUCUCCUCUCCUCUCCUCUCCUCUCCUCUCCUCUCCUCUCCUCUCCUCUCCUCUCCUCUCCUCUCCUCUCCUCUCUUCUAGUGGGGGGUAGUUGUGGGUGUUUCUCUUCUCUUCUAGUGGUUUCCCUCUCCCGCCUUGAUUAAAACCACAUCCUUUUCAAGUUCCACAGUGUUACCAGGCUCUAUGCGCCAGCAAUCCGAGCCUGGGGACGAGGUUAAGUGCGCAGGCACCUAGUGUAGUUAGGUUAGCAGUGUUUCUGUAGCACACGUGAUGGAGUUUGCAAAACAAAUGCCCACUGGGUUGUUGGAAAUAAUCAUGAUUCUGCCAGGCUACACAAAGUGGUAGACAAUACGCGGACCACACACUCAGACGGACAUUCCUGUGCCGUUGCCUCUUCAGAAAGUUGCAGGGAAUACGAACCACUGAUACAUUCUGUUCAUGUCUUACAAGAAACUAUAUUUUUCUCUAAUAAGUUCAAAACAUUUAGUUGAUUUCCAAAUGUGCAACAUAUUUGAUAGAAGAACCGAAAGUAAGUAAUUCUAAUACCGGACUGUUUUUCAAGAUAUAAUAUCAAAAAAGUACUGUAGUUUCGGUACAACGUGCAACACUAGUCCUCUUUUUCUCUCUUGUCAUUUCAGGCUGUAGAGAUUUCUGACCUGUUUUCAUGUGCUCUUAAAAUGAUUAGAAAUGUGAGUUUUCUGAUGUCCCCAAACUGUCCUAUUGUUUCAGACUACUUCAGAAGAACCCUUGAAUGGAGCCUUUUUGUGUCUCUCUCUUGCCGUCCCUACUUACUGACAUUUGACCUCUAGCAUCGUCUCUCUGGCUGUAUCGUUGACUUUUGACCCCUGACCUCUCUCCCCUCAGGUUGCUGAUCCGGUUUGUGAACGACUCUAGCGCCCCCUCUUGGCAGGGCUACUUCUACACCGCGCUGUUGUUCGUCUGUACCUGCUUCCAGACCCUCAUCCUACAGAAGUACUUCCAUGUCUGCUUCGUCACGGGAAUGAGGCUACGCACUGCUAUAGUAGGAGCUGUCUACAGGAAGGUAAUCAAUAUUCUGCUGAUUGAUUGAUUGAUUUGAUCAGUGAUUGACAUAUUUGAUCAGUGAUUGACAGAUUUGAUCAGUGAUUGAUUGAUUUGAUCAGUGAUUGACAUAUUUUAUCAGUGAUUGACAUAUUUUAUCAGUGAUUGAUUGAUUUGAUCAGUGAUUGAUUGAUUUGAUCAGUGAUUGACAGAUGUGAUCAGUGAUUGAUUGAUUUAAUCAGUGAUUUACAUAUUGUAUCAGUGAUUUACAUAUUUGAUCAGUGAUUGAUUGAUUUGAUCAAUGAUUUAUUGAUUUGAUCAGUGAUUGAAAGAUGUGAUCAGUGAUUGAUUGAUUUGAUCAGUGAUUGACAUAUUUGAUCAGUGAUUGACAUAUUUGAUCAGUGAUUGACAGAUUUGAUCAGUGAUUGACAGAUUUGAUCAGUGAUUGAUUGAUUUGAUCAGUGAUUGAUUGAGAGUUAAUUUGGCAUGAGGCUCCGCACCGCUAUAGUAGGGGCUGUCUACUGAUGGUAGGUGUACUAAUCAAUCAAUCAAUAUUCUGCCGAUGAUUGAUUGAGCUGACUUUUGUAGACCCUUCAUUGACACUUAACCCCUGUCUGACCUUUUAUCCUCUAAACCCUGCUCUCUCCCAGGCUCUGGUGAUCAGUAACGCAGCGCGGCGUACGUCUACAGUGGGAGAGAUCGUCAACCUGAUGUCGGUCGACGCCCAGCGCUUCAUGGACCUCAUCACCUACAUCAACAUGAUCUGGUCUGCUCCUCUACAGGUCAUACUGGCCCUGUACUUCCUGUGGCAGGUACACACCAAAGAUAUAUAAUAAACCAAGAGGUAAACUGGCACUGUACUUCCUGUGGCAGGUACGCACCAACAAUCUUUAAUAAACCAAGAGGUUAUACUGGCCCUGUACUUCCUGUGGCAGGUACGCACCAAAGAUCUUUAAUAAACCAAGAGGUUAUACUGGCCCUGUACUUCCUGUGGCAGGUAUGCACCGAAGAUCUUUAAUAAACCAAGAGGUUAUACUGGCCCUGUACUUCCUGUGGCAGGUACGCACCAAAGAUCUUUAAUAAACCAUGAGGUCAUACUGGCACUGAACUUCCUGUGGCAGUUACGCACCAAAGAUCUUUAAAUAAACCAAGAGGUCAUACUGGCACUGAACUUCCUGUGGCAGUUACGCACCAAAGAUCUUUAAAUAAACCAAGAGGUCAUACUGGCUCUGUACAUCCUGUACUUGUUACUGACAGGGAGUGAUCUGGAUAGCAGUUUGAUGGCGCUAGUAGACACAUUUCAAGCUAAGGAGUGAGGUUCUGAAUCCAACUCUGUUACAUACGAACCAGAGACUGUUGUUAUCUUAACAAGUUCUCAAUGGUUUGUGAUGUCAUGUCCUGUGUAGAACCUGGGUCCGUCGGUGCUGGCUGGCGUGGCUGUAAUGGUUCUGAUGGUGCCAAUCAACGGUGUGAUCGCCAUGAAGACCAAAACAUACCAGGUAUCACUAUGACCCCUUAUUCAUUAUAUACCAGGUGUCAUGCUGACCCCUUAUUCAUAAUAUAGCAGGAAUCACUCUGACCCCUUAUUCAUAACAUACCAGGUAUCACUCUGACCCCUUAUUCAUAAUAUACCAGGUAUCACUCUGACCCCUUAUUCAUAAUAUACCAGGUAUCACUCUGACCCCUUAUUCAUAAUAUACCAGGUAUCACUCUGACCCCUUAUUCAUAAUAUACCAGCUAUCACUCUGACCCCUUAUUCAUAACAUACCAGGUAUCACUCUGACCCCUUAUUCAUAAUAUACCAGGUAUCAUUCUGACCCUUUAUUCAUAAUAUACCAGGUAUCAUUCUGACCCCUUAUUCACAACAUACCAGGUAUCACUCUGACCCCUUAUUCAUAAUAUACCAGGUAUCACUCUGACCCCUUAUUCAUAAUAUACCAGGUAUCACCAUGACCCCUUAUUCAUAAUAUACCAGGUAUCACUCUGACCCCUUAUUCAUAAUAUACCAGGUAUCACUCUAACCCCUUAUUCAUAAUAUAUGUGGUCCUCUGUAGCUCAAUUGGUAGAGCAUGGCGCUUGUAACGCCAGGGUAGUGGGUUCGAUCUUCGGGACCACCCAUACGUAAAAAUGUAUGCACACAUGACUGUAAGUCGCUUUGGAUAAAAGCGUCUGCUAAAUGGCAUAUUAUUAUUAUUAUUAUUAUUCAUAAUAUACCAUGUAUCACUCUGACCCCUUAUUCAUAAUAUACCAGGUAUCACUCUGACCCCUUAUUCAUAAUAUACCAGGUAUCACUCUGACCCUUUAUUCAUAAUAUAACAGGUAUCAUUCUGACCCCUUAUUCACAACAUACCAGGUAUCACUCUGACCCCUUAUUCAUAAUAUACCAGGUAUCAUUCUGACCCUUUAUUCAUAAUAUACCAGGUAUCAUUCUGACCCCUUAUUCACAACAUACCAGGUAUCACUCUGACCCUUAUUCAUAAUAUACCAGGUAUCACUCUGACCCCUUAUUCAUAAUAUACCAGGUAUCACCAUGACCCCUUAUUCAUAAUAUACCAGGUAUCACUCUGACCCCUUAUUCAUAAUAUACCAGGUAUCACUCUAACCCCUUAUUCAUAAUAUAUGUGGUCCUCUGUAGCUCAAUUGGUAGAGCAUGGCGCUUGUAACGCCAGGGUAGUGGGUUCGAUCUUCGGGACCACCCAUACGUAAAAAUGUAUGCACACAUGACUGUAAGUCGCUUUGGAUAAAAGCGUCUGCUAAAUGGCAUAUUAUUAUUAUUAUUAUUAUUCAUAAUAUACCAUGUAUCACUCUGACCCCUUAUUCAUAAUAUACCAGGUAUCACUCUGACCCCUUAUUCAUAAUAUACCAGGUAUCACUCUGACCCUUUAUUCAUAAUAUAACAGGUAUCAUUCUGACCCCUUAUUCACAACAUACCAGGUAUCACUCUGACCCCUUAUUCAUAAUAUACCAGGUAUCACUCUGACCCCUUAUUCAUAAUAUACCAGGUAUCACUCUGACCCCUUAUUCAUAAUAUACCAGGUAUCACUCUGACCCCUUAUUCACAACAUACCAGGUAUCACUCUGACCCCUUAUUCAUAAUAUACCAGUUAUCACUCUGAGCCUUAUUCAUAACAUACCAGGUAUCACUCUGACCCCUUAUUCAUAACAUACCAGGUAUCACUCUAACCCCUUAUUCAUAACAUACCAGGUAUCACUCUGACCCCUUAUUCAUAAUACCAGGUAUCACUCUGACCCCUUAUUCAACAACAUACCAUACCAGGUAUCACUCUGACCCUUAUUCACAACAUACCAGGUAUCACUCUGACCCCUUAUUCACAACAUACCAGGUAUCACUCUGACCCCUUAUUCACAACAUACCAGGUAUCACUCUGACCCCUUAUUCACAACAUACCAGGUAUCACUCUGACCCCUUAUUCACAAUACCAGGUAUCACUCUGACCCCUUAUUCACAACAUACCAGGUAUCACUCUGACCCCUUAUUCACAACAUACCAGGUAUCACUCUGACCCCUUAUUCACAACAUACCAGGUAUCACUCUGACCCCUUAUUCUACAUUACAUUUUAUACUCCUCUUCCCUUUCUUACACACACACACACACACACACACUUUCCCUCUGGCUGCCCCUGGUUUAACCGAGUGGUUCCCAAACUUCUGCUGUGGUCUUAGUGCCAUAUUUUAUUUUGUAUUUUUAUAUAUAAAAUAAGUGUGAUAGACGUGUAGUAGACAUGUAAUAGAGGUGUAAUAGAGGUGUAAUAGAGGUGUAAUAGAGGUGUAAUAGAGGUGUAAUAGAGAUUUGUGAUCACCAGGUAGCUCAGAUGAAGAGUAAAGACAACCGCAUCAAGCUGAUGAAUGAGGUUCUCAACGGCAUCAAGGUAUCUUAUCACAUCACAUAUCUUUUGACCUAAGGUUUAUAUACUGUUUGAAUUUGUAUCACAUUUUAUGUAUGUUUCUGCAUGUCAGGGUUGGGGUCAAAUACUUCAGAUUCCAAUUCUUUGAGCAUUUCCUCUAGCCUGCCUGGAGUGCCAGAUUGGCAGGGUUUGCAGUUUGGGGUUUAUUAAGCCAGAUAAGCUCAGACAGACACAAUCACUUUUCAAGUAUUUGAAACCCAGGUCUUGAUUCUAUGCCAUCACAUUUUAUCAAUGUUUCUGAAUAUGUACCGAGGUGUUUUUAAUAAACCUGAACUUGAACCUAAACCUGAACUUAAACCUGAACCUGAACCUAAAGGUGUUGAAGCUGUAUGCGUGGGAGCUGGCCUUCAAAGACAAGGUGUCAGCCAUCAGAGAGAGCGAGCUACGUGUCCUCAAGAAGGCUGCUUACCUGGGGGCAAUAUCCACCUUUACCUGGGUCUGUGCUCCCUUUCUGGUGAGUUAGAGAGACCUGUAGACAUACACACACACACACACACGCACACUCACGCACACUCACUCUUACACGGGCACUUGGUCCACCUGUGUCCCAUCUUACUGACAUAAAUAUAUUUAACAUUGUCUUUGGUAGCCCUCCUGUAGCUCAGUUGGUAGAGCAUGGCGCUUGCAACGCCAGGGUUGUGGGUUCGAUUCCCAUGGGGGGCCAGUAUGAAAAAUGUAUGCACUCACUAACUGUAAGUCGCUCUGGAUAAGAGCGUCUGAAAAAAAUAAAAUAAAAAUAAUUGUCUCUACCCUCCCCUCAGUGAAUGUGAUGAUGAUAUAUAACAUGUAUUUCCCCUCCCAUCCCCCAGGUGGCACUGUCUACAUUCACAGUGUAUGUGAUGAUAGAUGAGAGGAACGUGCUGGAUGCUCAGAAGGCGUUUGUGUCUCUGGCUCUGUUCAACAUCCUGCGUUUCCCCCUCAACAUGCUGCCUAUGGUCAUCAGCAGCAUGGUCCAGGUAGGUGUGCUGAUCAGGUCUGGACAGCAAAUCAAUCAAUCAAUCAAUAAAAUAAUCAUUCUACAAAUCAAUCAAUAUGCAAUUUAA